AGCAUGGAACCCUCGCUGCCGCUGUCACCGUCAUCCCCCAUUUUUCCGGAGAAUCAACAUUCGGCUCCGAUGAUAUCUCGCUCGAAAAAUUCCAUCAGCUCUGCUCCCCGAGUCGACCAAUCCGACGGAAGGGAUCCGAUAUUCCCGGACACGGCGAGGCAAUUGGAGACAAUAUUGAGAAGUGCGUCGGAGGGAUGGCAAAAUGCUAGUGAGCCUAGGGCCGCUGAACCUCGAGUUAUUAUAGAUCGUUCGAAACUCAAUGUUCUCGAGGAUCGCUUUACCGUGAUGCAAACACGAAACGUCGUUCUCAUUACCGAGAACGAGUCUCUCCGUUCCCAGUGAGUUGUUUCCCUCAGUGUCUUAAAAAUCGGCGGGAAUCGUCACAAUCGUAAUAAAAUCCUUGUCCAAAAAGAGUGAAAAAAUUAUCGGACAAAAUGCGGAAGCUGGAGGAGUCUUGGGCGAAAAAUUCAUUGGAAAAUUCGCUGGUAAGAAAUAAGAGCUCACGAUAG